AUGGAUGUUUCAUCGCUUCCUUCUUUCUCCGAUUCUGUGGAUUCUUCUGCUUUAUCGGAUUCAUCUUCAAAAGCAACAACUCUUUCGAAAAUGUAUACAUCACUAAAGAAAAUGGUUGAAGAGGAAUGCAACCUUGAUGUAUUCCUGUUGGAAGCCAUGAUUUGUUCGAUUUGUUACACGGUAUAUGAUGAGCCGAAGCAACUGGAAUGUGGUCAUUCAUUUUGUACGACCUGUAUCGAUCGACUAUGUAAUGAAAUGGAACAGGAAUAUACUUGUCCCUUAUGUCGUGCACAUUUUACUGUUCCACCUGUCGUCAAUUAUUCCUUAAAGAGUCUUAUAUCCAGGAUAAAAGAAAAAGGUGCUAUGGUUAAAUGUUGUCAUCAAUGCUCCAAACCUACAAAACCAGAGGAUCAAUAUUGCUGUGAUGACUGCGAUCACAUUGAUAGAAUAGAGAACAUUCGUUGUGGUUUGUGUGUAAUAAAUGGACAUGCCAAGAUGGGCCACAGUGUAUCAAAAUAUGGCGAGUCAAGAGAACGAGUUAAAACAGCUCAACAGAAACUUCAAGAAAUGAUCAAUGAGACUAUGCAAUUCAUGGCAGAAUGUAAAAAAUUGACAACUGACCGUUUGGUUUGUGUGAAUAAUUUGUUUAAGCUGCUGGAUGUAGAGCACACACAGUUCAAAACGCUAGAAGCAGCAUUAAGUACCGAUGCGUUUAUAUCAAAAAAAGAUAUUGAGAUGAGAUUAGAGCAUGCCCGACGAUUACAUGGAGUUUACAUGCGGAGUGCAUUCGAAUUUGCCGGAUUCAUGAAUACUAUGUUCAAUGAAAUUACAGUACUAACAGAAAGGACAGCCGUAGAACUCGCAGGUUAUGCUAUGUAUGGCGAUAUAUUGAACAAAAGAGAAUUAAUUGCACAAUCGGCGCAAGAACAAACACAAUCAUGGUUCGAAUAUCAACGAACGGGACGUAUUAGUGCUUUAUGCUCAGCUAUAGCACGCCGAAAUGCAGCUAUAGCUCGACGUCACCUUAUGACAUGUAACCCUCAAUCAGAAUCAGAAAUAAUUGUCGAUACUUUGCCACCGACAUCAUCAGCAGCACCUGUCACGCCUGUUUAG